AUGCUAGGUAUGCAAGGGAAUCAACAACAACAACCAGCUGCACCUGUUCCUCCAGUUCCUAAUGGGACAGAUUUUAGUUCUUUCUUUCGGAUGACUCCUCCAGAGUUUGCAGGUAGCCUGGAUCAUAUUGUAGCCCAUGAUUUGUUGUAUAGCAUGGAGAGUAUAUUCCAGGCUAUUCAGUGCACUGAGGAGGAAAAGGUUAUUUUUGCUGCUCAGAAACUCAAGGGUCCUGCACGUAGGUGGUGGGAUACUGCAUCCACUCGCUUCACUUCUCAAGGGAUUCCUAAGGAUUGGGAACAUUUCAAGACCGCUUUCUUAGAGAAGUACUUCCCUAACAGCAUCCGUGCCCAGAAAGAAAGAGAGUUCCAAUUAUUCAAGCAAGGAAAUCUCACUGUUUCUGAAUAUGCUGAAAAAUUUGAGGACAUGGCUGCUUAUUCCAGACUAGCUAUUUAUGCACCAGAUGAGUUAUGGAAGAUUGAUCAGUUUUUGUUUGGCCUUAAUGCUGAUAUUGCCCACAGUGUGUCUCAGAGGGAGUUCACUACUUAUGCUGAGUGUCUCCGACAAUGUUAUGUUGCUGAAAACAGUCUGAAGAGGGUUAAGGAUGAAAGGGAGCAAAACAGACCUUUUCGCCAAAACCAAGGGAAAGGGAGUCAAUUCUUGAAGCCUCAUAACUCUCCUCCAGCAAUGAAACCAGCUUAUGUCAACCAUUCAACUCAGCCUCCUUGGUUUAACAAAUGUAGGAGCAAACACCAUGGAAACUGUAGAAGUGGUCCAGUGAAGUGUUACAAGUGUGGACAAGAAGGUCAUCUCCGGCCUAACUGCCCUAGGCCAGACAUUCCUGAGAAGACCACAGGGCGAGUGUAUACGUUGGAUGCUCGAAAGGCUCAAGGAAACACAAGUCUUGUUGCUGGUACGUGUUUUGUAAAUAACCAACCUUGUUUUGUUCUUGUAGAUUGUGGAGCGACGCAUUCUUUUAUUUCUAAUGCUUGUGUGCGCCGACUCGGAUUUGAGGCUACUAGUAUUUCUGUUCCUAUGUUAAUUUCAUCUGCCACGGAUGAUGUGGUCGAAGCCUUGGGGAUUUGUAGAGAUUGUUCAGUCACUUUCAACGACCGAAGGUUCUCUAUUGAUCUUAUUUGCUUGCCUCUAAAGAAGAUUAAUGUAGUACUGGGCAUGGAUUGGUUGCCGGCCAACUCAGUAUACAUUGGUUGCAAGGAGAAGGCUAUCUUUAUUCUUGCAGAAGAGACUGCUCCUAUUGAUGCGAUUGGGAAUCUAAUCGAAGGUACAAUUAACCUGAUUAGUUGUCUCUAUGUUCAGGAGAGAUCUUUUCUUUUAGCUCUCACCGCAGAAUCUGAAACCAAGAAAGAUAUAUCAAAUAUUCCUGUCGUUUGUGAGUUUCCAGAUGUGUUUCCGGAGGAUGACACUUCUCUUCCUCCAGAAAAGGAAGUGGAAUUCUCUAUUGAUCUUGUUCCUGGAACAGCUCCAGUUUCUAUUGCUCCAUAUCGAAUGUCGCCUGCAGAGUUGAGAGAAUUGAAGAGUCAGUUGGAGGAGUUGAUAGCAAAACAUUUUAUCAGACCAAGUGUCUCUCUUUGGGGUGCUCCGGUGUUAUUGGUCAAGAAGAAGGAUGGUAGUAUGCGCUUGUGCAUUGAUUAUCGACAACUCAACAAAGUGACCAUAAAGAACAAGUAUCCUUUACCACAGAUUGAUGACCUCCUGGAUCAGUUGAAAGGAGCCUGUGUGUUCUCAAAGAUUGAUCUCAGGUCGGGAUAUCAUCAAAUUCGAGUGAAGAAUUUCGAUGUGUUGAAGAUCGCAUUCAGAACGCGGUAUGGGCACUAUGAAUUCUUGGUUAUGCCGUUUGGAGUGACCAAUGCCCCUGCUGUCUUUAUGGACUACAUGAACCGUGUGUUCCAACCAUAUUUGGACCGGUUUGUGGUGAUAUUCAUAGAGGACAUUUUGAUAUAUUCUAAGAAGGUGGAUGAGCAUAUGGAACACUUGAGGAUUGUGUUGUCAGUUCUUCGAGAGAAACAAUUAUUUGCAAAGUUGAGUAAGUGUGAGUUCUGGAUGUCCGAAGUGAAGUUCCUUGGACAUGUCAUUUCUGGUGGCAGUGUGGUUGUGGAUCCGUCAAAGGUAGAAGCAGUGAUUAAUGGGGAACGACCUAAGAAUGCAAGUGAAGUUCGGAGUUUCCUUGGAUUAGCAGGUUACUAUCGGCGGUUCAUUAUGGGAUUCUCAAAGCUAGCUCUACCUAUGACCCGACUUACGAGGAAGGAAGUUUCUUUUGAGUGGAAUUCCGAUUGUGAGCGGAGUUUCCAAAGGUUGAAGAAGAAGUUGACUACUGCUCCGGUAUUGAUAAUUGCAGAUCCGGAUAAAUCCUAUGAAGUUUUCUGUGAUGCAUCAAAGAAAGGAUUAGGUGGUGUCUUAAAGCAAGAAGGUCAAGUUGUGGCUUAUGCAUCUAGAUAA